UCUCUGCUCUCCUCCAGGUACAGUUAUGAGGAGUGUAAGGCCACAGCUGAUUGGCUGCUGGCUCAGGCUCCAGUGCGCCCCCUGCUGGGGAUCGUGUGCGGCUCCGGUCUCGGAGGAUUGGCAGAAAUGCUGAAAGAACCGCUGGUCAUCAAGUACAGCGACAUCCCGAGCUUCCCUCAGAGCACCGUUCACGGUCACGCUGGACAGCUGGUGUUCGGCACGCUUAAAGGAACGCCGUGUGUUUGCAUGCAGGGCAGGUUUCAUCUGUAUGAAGGAUACCCCAUCCAGAAGACCACGAUGCCGAUCCGUGUGUUUAAGCUGAUGGGUGUGGAGACGGUCAUCCUGACCAACGCCGCCGGCGGACUCAACCCGGACUUCACUGUGGGCGACAUCAUGGUCAUCAAAGACCACAUCAAUAUUCCUGGAUUCGCUGGAAACAACCCGCUGGUGGGAGCAAACGACGAGAGGUUCGGCGAGCGGUUCCCGCGUAUGUCGGACGCGUAUGACCGCGGUCUGCAGCAGCUGGCUCACGCGUUCGCGGCGGAGCUGGAUUACUCUUCCUUCAUGCAUGAAGGUGUGUACAGUGUGUUGGGCGGCCCGUCCUUCGAGACCAUUGCCGAAUGCAGAAUGCUGCGCUCCCUCGGAGCCGACGCUGUGGGCAUGAGCACGGUUCACGAGGUGAUCGUGGCGCGUCACUGCGGGAUGAGGGUCGUGGCUCUGUCUCUGAUCACCAAUCAGGCGGUGAUGGACUACGACAGCGAGAAGAAAGCCAAUCACCAGGAGGUCCUGCAGACAGGCAAACUGAGAGCACAGCAGAUGGAGAACCUUGUCUCCACCAUGAUCUCCCGCAUGCAGCUGUCAAACAACCAACUCUAAAGCACUGACCCACACGCAGACCGCCAGACGCUCGCUGACCACACGGACACUAAUCAUAGAUUUUCCCUUUACGGUGUUUAUAUUUCAGGGACAAUGGGAACAUAAUUGCCUUUUCCUGCCCCUAGAGGGCAGGCAGAUAACUAAAUAAAUCAACACACAUACAUACACAUGUAACACCAUCAUACCUGAAUGAUGAAUGGAGAGAUUUUAAACUUCAAAGUUAUUCUGGUUUAAACUGAUUAUUUUAAUAUGUAUUUAUUGUGUCCAAAUGUCUUAAACGUGAUUUAUUUAAAACCUUAGUUAAACAAGUGGGAAAUAAUACAUAAACGUCCAGUCAUGAAGAAAAUUGGGAUUUUUGUUUUGUUUUUGAAUAUAUAUAUAUAUAUAUAUAUAUAUAUAUAUAUAUAUAUAUAUAUAUAUAUAUCUAUAAAAAUUUAUUUAAAAGAAGAAUGUUACUGAAUUCACUGUAAGGUACUGAAACUGAAGAUUAAUGUAUUUAUUUGACCUAUUUAUGUAAAGCAGCUUAAACUAUAAGGUUUUUGAAGUUGUUUUAAAUUGCACUAAAUGAUGGAGUAUUUUGGUGUUUUAUGUGUCAGUUUUAAGAUCUGCUGUUUUACUGACUUUUACCUGCACUUUCCCCAAAGGCAUUUAUUUUAUUGACCUGAACGUUGAAAUUGCACGUCAAGCUUUUACAGAUGUUUCUGUGUGAUCUGCGUCAAUGCAAUAAAAAACAAUGUUGUACCAACA